AUGAGGCAGGUCGACAUGGUCUCGUCGCUCCCUCCGCCCAUCAUCCAGCCUCCCUCCUUCGGCAUCGACCCCGGCCUCGGCCUGGCCAAGCGAGCCGAGCGGCCCCGGAAGCCGACAUCGAGCUCGCCGUCGGUGGCCGAAUCCGUCGGCCCACGCAUCCUCCCCCUUUCCGUCCACGUCACGGCGCCCGCCGCGGCGGCCGACAUGCCGUCGUCGAACCUCGCCGAGGAUGCCAUGGACGUGGCUUCCGUGGCCUCCAAGACGAACGGCCCCCCCGGCGUCGACGCCGGCGCCAAGUCGUCGGCGCCGCCGUCGGCCAAGUCGUCGCCGCCCGAGCAGAGCCUGCCCGUCGCCGCCGGUCUGCCCGGCCCGACGCCCGCCGCCGCCGCCGCCGCCGCCGCCGUCCACCAGCCCAAGAUUGUGCAGACGGCUUUCAUUCACAAGCUCUACAACAUGCUCGAGGAUUCCAGCAUCCAGCACCUGAUAUCUUGGUCGUCCAACGCCGAGAGCUUCGUCAUGUCGCCGUCGGCCGAUUUCUCCAAGGUUCUCUCGCAGUACUUUAAGCACACAAACAUCUCCUCCUUCGUCCGACAGCUCAACAUGUACGGCUUCCACAAAGAACGCGACGUCUUCCACACGGGCAAUCCGGACACGACGCUGUGGGAGUUUAAGCACGGCAACGGAAACUUCAAGCGCGGCGACCUCAUGGGUCUGAGGGAGAUCAAGCGUCGCGCGAGCCGCCACGCCCUCGUCCACCGGGAGAACAACUACACCAAGCAAUCCUCGUCGCAGCCGGGAACGCCGGCCGAGCCCGCGUCGACGCCCGUCGACGGCUCCGAGUCGCGGCUCGCGAGCCUCGAGCACUCCGUCUACGACAUGAGCGCUCGCCUGCAGCGCAGCGAGGAGAACGCCCACUACAUGCACGUCAAGAACCAGGCGGCCAUGGAGAUGAUGGGCCGCCUGCUCACCUUCAGCCAGGAGCUGUCGAGGGCCGUCCUGUCGCUCACGCCGACGGACAGCUCCGCCUACCGCGAGAUCGCCGCCUUGCAGGGGGACAUGCAGAGGCAGGCCGACGCCGUCCGGGCCUUUGACGAGCCGCACGAGGCCUCGUUCGGCGGCCGGCAGCCGUACCCGGGCCCCGUCGACAACGGGCCCGUGUCGCCGAGGCAGCUGCCGCAGGACGACGCGCGACGGCCGGCGACGCUCGCCGUUCCCCAGGCCCGGGGCCAGCCCCUCUACCGGCCGACGGUGCCCUCGCACCUGUCCGUCGGGACGCGCCGCUACGGCUCCAUCGGCGGCGGGAGCGCCACGCAGUCGUCGCCGCUGCGAAACGCGGCCGCGCCGCCCCCGGCCGGGCCCCAUCCCCUUUCCAACGUCGAGCCCCAUCCCGCGAGCCUCGGCCGACGGCACACGGCCGCCGACAUCCGCGCCCACGGCUGGCAGGCCGGCACCCUCUCCGUCUCGUCCAACGCGCCGGCCGGCCCGUGGAUCUCGUCGCCCGGCCGCGCCGCCCACGACGACCAGCGGGUCCGCGACUCGUUGUCGGCCUACGCCCGCCCGGCGCCGUCUCACGCGCACCCGCCGUCGCGGCCGACGACGCCGCCGCUUCCGCCGCACCUGCCCAACGGCGGAAGCAACGGCACCGACACGUUUGGCACCUGGUCGUGGAACUCGGCCAUCAACAGGGACGCCAAGGGCCUCGGGCUCAAGGACUCGUCGGCACCGCCGACGCGGCGAGGCAGCAUGGCGCACAUACUGAACCCCAGCGACACGGCCGAGCGAUCGGACGAGGAUGAGGACCCUCGCGGCGACGAGGACAGGAAGCGGAAACGAAUGCAGUAG